UGCCUUGCCUUGCCUUGCCUCGUCUCGCAUCGAGCCUGCCUUGCCUUGCCAUGCCUUGCCUCGCAUUGUCUGGCUGUCUGUCUGCCUGCUUGAUGUGAUAGAGUGCGUUAGUGAGAGUGACACAUACCGCCAGCAGAGGCAGCAGAGCAGCAGCUGCAGAAGCAGCAGCAGCGACGACGACGACGACGGAGUGAGAGAAGGAGUGAUUGGGACACUAGACCCGAGAGGGAUUUCACUUCGUGCUCUUUGUGCGAGAAGUUUUAGACGCUUGUUAGUUGUGCCUGCAAGCUGCUGCCAGCAGCAACUGGCAAGCAACGAAACCGAGCAUUUACGCUCGGCAGCAGCUCUCUCUCUCUCUCUCUCUCUCUCUCUCUUUAUCUCCUGCGCUCACACAUAUGGUCUUCUCCAGGAAAGCAGCGUAGCUAUUGCCGGAACAGGCUUCUUCUUCCUCUUCUUCUUCUUCUUCCUAAGUUGUUGUGGUGCAUCAUCCGGACGGAGGUCGUGAGGGGUUGGGUUGGUUUGUUCGUCGCCUCGUCGAGAUUGUCGAACGUUUCGCGAACGCAGAGCAGGUGGACGACGCAUCGUAUGUUCUGGUAACGAUACGAACUUCGUGGAAGCGAGUUGUCCUUCUGAGGUCUCACCAGACUGUAUCGCUAGACGACGAGGCAGCGCUUGCCCAGGCGAGGAGGAGGAGCGAGGGAACGAUUGAGCUUAGAUCCAGUGAUGUGAUAUGAGUAGUGUAGAGGUCGGAGACCGUGGAGGCGAGGAGGAUUUGGUGUGUCAGCAUUCGUAGCGAGUGGGCGAGGAGGAGAGCGGGGGAAGUGAGAGGUGGAUAGUGGACAAAGGGUGUGUGUUAGGAAGAGAUUUUCGUCUUAGAUCUGUGAUGAAAGAGGCCACAAAGGAGCCGGCUGAAUAGUACUGGACAAGGUGCAGCGAAGUCGGAUAUGGCAGCAGUGGAGACUGGUUUAGGGUCGUCUGGCCAGAGUAAGGGGAACAAGGGGUGUACUUGGAAGUUUCCAUGGUCUUCCAAUAAGCAGCAUUCGGGCGCGCCAUCGGCCUCUUCGGUGGUGCCUGCAUUGAACGGGUUGCCGGGCGAUCCGUCCACCUCGCGCACCUCGGUUUCUGCUAUAGCCCGUGCAAUUCUUCUCAGCAGGCGUCGGUUGAGGCUCGAUCCUGACAAGAAGCUCUACUUUCUAUAUGAACCAGGUAAACAGGUGUCUAGCGCCGUGAAGAUCAAGAAUGUCAGCCGCUCUCAUGUGGCCUUCAAAUUUCAAACUACAGCUCCGAAGAGUUGUUUUAUGAGGCCUCCGAAUGGAAUUCUUCCUCCGAACGGACAAAUCAUAGCUACCGUUGUUAAGUUCGUGGAGCAGCCAGAGCGUCCCAAUGAGAAGAAAACGAAGGACAAGUUUAAAAUCGUGAGCCUGGCGGUGAAGGACGGUGUGGAAUAUACACCAGAACUGUUUGAAGAACAGAAGGAAGUUGUUGCCGUAGAACGAAUUCUGCGGGUGGUCUUCUUGGACCCUCAACGAGCUUCUGCUGAAGAAGUAGAAAAACAUCAGAAACGGUUGGCAGAAGCAGAGGCUGCCCAGGAGGCCAGGAAGAAGCCUCAAGAAGAGAAGGCUCCACGGAACCCAAUGAAGGAGGGACUAGUAAUUGACGAAUGGAAGGAGCGUAGAGAAAAAUAUCUUGCAAAACAGCAAGUUGAACAAGAUUCACAAUGAAGAGCUUUAAACAUCAUUUCGAACUUGCACCUUUAUGUGAUCUUUGAGGAGGGACACACUUGUAAUUGACACUCUUUCGGGGAUGUGACAAACCAAGCUGUAAAUAUUGUUGUCCUCUGAUGCCAAUGCCAUGUACACGAGGUUAUAAGGAGUGCUCAUGUGGCAGCUCCGAACUGGAAGUGCAAACUAAGUAAAAUCUACAUUCCAGCUUGCUAUUGUGAACUCUGUUGCUGCCCUAGAAAGGUGUCCUUAGUGCAGGUUGCCAACGUAUUUCUAUUUGGCAUUGUGGUAUUAGAGAAGAAGUCCUGAUCACAGCAGUUGUCCUUGCAGAAGGAUAUUUUUGUUUAGUUGUAAUGAUGGUUAUUUUUAAAGGCUUGUUUUGGCAGUUAAAUUACUGUAAGUGGAGAAGUAUAACGUGAAGGGGUGCUUGUAAUCGUAUUAUUCUCAUGGAAGGAUAUUGAUAAGCUCAAGACUUGUGUCUUGUUUCAAUCUAGUGCAAGCCCUAUUCUUCUUCACAUGUUAUCCUUCGGUCUUUUACCUGUAAAAAAAUUUUCCUUCUGCGCAGUGUUUUGUUUUCU